UGUUGAUGUUGUUGUCUUGUGUGUGAAUAGUGUGUGUUCGCGCAGGGGUGCGGGCCUAAAGCAGAGAGAGUUAUACUCUGCACAACUUGAGUGUGUGGCAUGCAGCGCGCUGUACUGCCAAAGAAUCUACACCAAGUGUACACACGCGGACAUCGUCGUCGUCGUCCCCUCACCAGGACUUAUCAUCAUCAUCCAUAGGUACAAGCCAUACCACAAACGACUCGGACGACCUAACCGGAGUUGCUGCCAGCCAUCAGUGUAUACAUUAUACUGUCUCCAACAACCUCUAUAUAUACACACUGUGCACACCACCUUAAUUGUCUGAUGGCUGGCCGCGUGCAGCGGAGCGUUUAGUGGCAGCAGAUACCUUCAGCAACGAACUACAUCAUCCUCGUUCUCACGAGGGUGAGGAUAGAGAGGACGACCUGGCGAGCGCAGGCAGUAGCAUCGGUAAAUACCGUCGACGCUUUGAACUGUCUGGUGAACGAUGCUCGCUAACCAGCAGCAGCCAGACCGUUGGACGCGCUACUCGUCGGCCAUGCGGCCAUCGAGGAGGCAACAGCAGCACCAUCAGCAGCAGCAGUAGACGCCACAGGUACGAUUCUUGACGUGAGAAGAAAGUGCCAUGGAUGAUGAUGAGCGACUGGAAGGGGAGGAGGAAAUGGAGCUCGAUGAAGCUUCAGAUGGUGAGGACGAAGAUGAAGAGAACCCCGGCAUCCCCGUGUCUCCUGCAAACUCGGACCAUUUGCUUAGCCUCACGCCAACUUCCAACACAAAUCCGUCUCUUAAUUUUCAUGCAGAGGGCUCAAACAUCGACUCACGCGACGUUUACAGCAUCACUCCAGAGGUUUAUCAUGACCCUCUGCGGUAUUCAAAAUUUCCUCUACCCGGUGGAAAACCGUUACACAUAAGACGUGGUCCAGGGCGGCCGAGAAAAGAACGUCCUCUUGGAGAACGCCCCCUUGGAGAACGUCCUCGUGGUAGCGGUAUUCGUCGAGGUUUUGGUAGAGGCUCAGCAAGAGGGAAAGGAUUUGGCUAUGGGAGAGGAGUGCCUAGACGUACAAAGAGUAAAGAUGACGAUACGCAUUCGGAGUCACCAAGUCCUCUUAGAAUCGGAGAUGAUCCAUCGCUCGAUGGAGACUCUUCUGGGCUCGAAAGAGCUAUGCCAGCACCAGAAGAACCUCCAUACUUUCCGGAGCAAUGGCCAGGAAAAGUUUGUGCUCUGUGUAAUUUAAGCGAAAGAAGUCAGCUGGGUCAGGGAGAACUCUUAAAAUUCGUCAUACCUGAAGGUUUUACCCCGGAAAAAAGUAUAGAACACGAAAAAUCACCAGAAUGUCUUGUUGAUGUGCCUGUAAGUGGCGACAAAAGUCCACGAACGAGUAACAGUUCUUUGGCUGUUACGUGUCGGCGACAAAAAAGUUUAUCUAAGUGCAGAAAUCCUAGUCUUACAAGUUUUUCAGAGCCUAUAGAAGAACUACCUAAAGUAGGUUACUUGGAUAAACCCGAUUUAAGUAUAGUUUUUGAAUCUACGGGUCAUUAUUACGUUCAUCAAAAGUGCGCUCUUUGGACAAGCUGUAGCCAAGAAAUAUCUACAGAAGUUGUCAGUUUGGCUAUCAUUCAAGCUUCCAUGCGUCGUUGUGUCGCGUGUUCGCGUUAUGGGGCAGGAUUAUCCUGCAAAGUGCAAUCGUGUAUUCGUUACUUUCAUUUUCCCUGUGCAGCAGCAUCUGGUUGUUUUCAAGACACAAAAAGUUUGUCAUUAUUUUGUAGUCAACAUGUACUACAAGUUCCUCUCUUACUGAACGAAGACGGAGACAGGAUAAAGUGUAUGAUGUGCUACGGAAUGGGUGAUGUUUCAAAUUUGGUGAUGUGUUCGGUGUGCGGGCAACAUUAUCAUGGUAACUGCAUAGGGCUGGCCUUAAUAGCAAACGCUCGAGCUGGAUGGCAAUGCAAAAGCUGUCGUCUGUGUCAAGUAUGCCGGUUGCAUGAUGAUUCGGCAAAAAUGGUAUGUGAAAAAUGUGAAAAAGCUUAUCAUCCGAGUUGCUUGAGGCCAAUAGUGACUUCUAUACCAAAAUACGGUUGGAAGUGUAAGUGUUGUCGGGAAUGUAGUGAUUGUGGCUCACGGACUCCUGGUGCCGGUUUGUCGUCACGUUGGCAUUCCAAUUACACGAUUUGCGAUUCGUGUUAUCAGCAGCGUAACAAAGGCUUCUCAUGUCCAUUAUGCAGAAAAGCUUAUCGCGCUGCUGCUUACAGGGAUAUGGUACAGUGCAGUUCAUGUAAAAAAUUUGUACAUGGCAGUUGCGAUCCUGAGGCUGCUGAUUCUAUUACUUAUCAAAAUCGUAAGGAGGCUAAAUCAGAAUGCGAUUAUGUUUGUCUUCAUUGCAAGAGUCUCGCCUUAGUCAAGCGAAAGGACAGUGUCGAUGAUUAUGCUGGCGAGUCCAGUUUGACUGCAUCCCAAGAGAGCUUGUAUGGUGACGGGGAUUCUUCGGAGUUCGACUAUCCAGCCAACUCGGAAGAUGGUUAUUACUCGAUAGGAUUAGGAAAAGGAAAGCCUUUUUGUGCCUCAAAAAUUGCUAAAAAAAGACUGGGCCUCGGCGGAGGCUUGGUCGGACGACCAAAAGGUGUAGGAAAGGUGGGUGGUUACCAGAAGAGACAAAAAAUGACGGAAUUCGGGCGAAAAAGAGGCCCCAAAGCCAAAAUGCGAGGAAUUUUCGGAGUUCCCGGUUUGGGGCUACAGAGGCCAACGUCGGACUCAUUUUCCAAGGAAGAAGAACCUGGCGUUGAAAAUCGCCUAGUGUUGUGCUCUUCAAAUGACUCAUUCACGCUAUCGCAGGACAUAUGUGUAAUGUGCGGUGCGAUAGGAACAGAUCAGGAGGGCUGCCUGAUUGCCUGUGCUCAGUGUGGACAGUGUUACCAUCCGUACUGCGCCAACGUGAAGGUGACCAAAGUAAUAUUGCAAAAAGGCUGGCGUUGCCUCGACUGCACGGUUUGCGAAGGUUGCGGCGAACGCAACGACGAGGGCCGACUGAUUCUUUGCGACGAUUGUGAUAUCAGCUAUCACAUAUACUGCAUCGAUCCGCCACUGGAACACGUGCCGCAGGGCACGUGGAAGUGCAAAUGGUGCGCCCAAUGCCAGACAUGCGGCUCCGACCAGCCAGGCGUAAACAGCGUUUGGCAGAAGAACUACACGCAGUGUGGCCCGUGUGCCUCGCACAUUCACUGCGCCGUGUGUACCGAGCCAUAUAACGAGGGCGACCUGAUCAUUCAGUGCGCGAAUUGUGCGCGAUGGUUGCACUGCCAGUGCGACUCGAUCAAGAGUGAAACCGAUGCCGAAAAGUGCGCCGAGGAUGGCUACAAUUGCCUACUGUGUCGGCCCCGUGAGUUACCGCCCCCACACAUCCUGAGCAGUCAGGUUAAAGCGCUGCCGUGCAAGUAUCCGACGCCAGCGCGCUCACCGCCUCCGCCGGUCAUCCAAAGCCCCGAGAUAGAGAAGCCAGCGUCUCAACAGUACCUGGUCGAGGGUGUCUCCUUGUCAGAGGCAGGCAUGAAUCACAUCAAGUCGCUAAUGUCCGAGAACCAGAUAACUCGGAAAAAGAGGCGCAAGUUCGCGCCUGUCGUCGACAAGGACGCCGACAUCAUGGCGACUAUUGAGUCGGUGGUGGCCGGGGGCAGCCUCGAGGAGGCCGGCGGCGGCGCGCCCGCGGACGGCAAACUCGACGAGCCCGCCCAGGUGUACAAAGAGGGUAUGGUCUGGCCACCCGAGCAGCCGGCGCCCGAUGGCUUCAGCAUCUACACGACCGAGAGCGGCGUGACAGUAUUGCGGCGCAAGCGCCAGCGCAACCUACAAAAACUCGGGAUCGGCGGCUUCGUCGUUCGGUUGCGUGGCACGCGCAAGGACAAAGACGACGAGCCAGAGGCUCCGGGAAUCAGCGACAGCUUACUGGACGAGAAACCAAGGCGCAAACCCGUGCGCCGGAAACCAAAGACGAAGCUCGCCGAGUGCUUCCCCAUCUACAUGCAGGAGGCCUUUUUUGGCCGGGACCUCAUGGAUACGACCAAAGAUAAGGAUCUGGACGGGAGCAGUAGUGAUUCCGAAGCUGAGCGUACUGCACCGGCCAACGCCAACACGAUACAAUUGUCUUGCGACGAGCUCAAGGCCAUGGAGCAGGUCAAAGCUAAAAGAGAAGAACAGCCGCAGACUGGCACUCCUGCAGUCUCCGGUGGAGGCAUGGAUGUUAAUUCAACCGAAGUGCGAAUCAAGCAAGAGGAAGCCGUGAAGGAGGAAGUCAGUGAUACGGAACCUCUUGACGACAUCCUUCCCAUGUCAAGUGAUCUGAUCGACAGUGAACUUGUCAAUACUAUUAUGAGUGAACAAGACGAGGAUCUCGCAAAAGCUACCGAGGCUUGGGACGAACUAGAUCAGGCUCCGGAGUCUACCAAGGAAGAGCUGCGCGAUAUUCUAAGUCCACACUUUAACAUCGAGUCCAUGGUCCGAGAGACAGAACUACCCAACAUGGCUGGCCAAGAUGUGGAAGAAAUAUUCAACAAAGUUCUCACAGACGAGUCUCAGGAGUCUCGAGAAUCGUGCGGAUAUCCUGUGCAAGCUCAAACCCCACAAACGCCGUCUUCCUCUACUCCCUUGGUAUCUCCAUCUCCUCACACAGCAAAUAUUCAACCAGCUAAUUUGCCACUGGGAAGGCCGCAAGUACCAUCUAAUCUGCCGUCUGUUGGUCAGUCGAAUCUUAAUUCUCCAAUGAGUUUUCCACCGCCAUCGCCCUACCAUUCGGAAUAUAGCAAUAGCCCUCAGUUCAGCCCAGCUUUUUCAGAACCACCCAGUCCUUGGGUUACACAAGAAGACGAAAGUAACGUUCCAGCCGCUAGUCCAGUAACUGUCCCCUAUAACCAAAGAACUAGCAUAAAAUGGGAAGCUGAUGAACUGUUGGGCUCUCAAGCAACAACGGCUUCAGUGUUAUAUUGUAACAUGCAUCAUCCGGAAUUAAAAAUUGAUUAUCCACAUUGGCCAGAUCGUUAUAAGCAAAUCAUGAAAAAGUGGCGUACACUGUCAGCGGAGACAAAGACACACUUUGUAAACCAGGCCCGUGAAAAUAGAACUGCAGUCCGCAUGAAGAAGACACAACAGGAUCAAGAUAAGCUUGCCAGUAGAGAUCGAUCGAGUCGAGAAGCAGAACAGGAACGCCAAUGGAAACAAUUGCAAGCUUUGAGACAGCAGCAAGCGCACAUACAACAACAAGGUAUUCACGAUCAACGCGUCCACGGUAUGGCACUAGUUAGAGCUCAUCGUCAAAUUAAUGAUGACGGCACUUCCUCGUUGACUAAUGAAAAUGCAACCGCAAUGACGCCACAGCUGGUUCCCACGUCACAAGACGGAAGCACAUUGGGUCCAAUGGGGCCAGGAUUGCAGGCGCGACCUGGUGUCCAGGGGCAAUUUGUAGCACCAGCGAUGAAAAUAAAUCGGGGUGUUGCACCACCGAGCCCACAUCCAGGCAUGCCUAACCGACUAGUGAGUCAGCAGUCGCAACAACAAGCGACUCAACCGUCGGGCCAACAACAAACGACUCAAGUACCAGGGCAGGUGUCGCAGGUUGGCCGGCCGAUGGGUGGGAUGGCACGACCCGGUAUGCCCGGAAACUUUGGCCAACAGCAGUCUCCUUCGCCCUUCUCUCCUCAAGCUCCUCAAUCUCCUCAUGAUUUUCCACAGUCCCCGGCUUCGCAAGUACAGCCACAGCCUCCCGAGCAUUUUCAGCGUUUUGAAAAUUCCGAGCCGUUUGGCCAAGUUCAAGCCAGACCUGGUCCCUCCUACUCCACGUCACCUCGCAACGACGUCUUCCCGCAACAUCCCGCCACUCCAAGGCCCGUCUUUAGUGCUCCUGCUGCUCGGACGCAUGUUUACGCGCCAUCUCGCACUCCCGAAGCAUAUGCCCCGCCUCAACAGCAGCAGCAACAACAACAGCAACAGCAGCAGCAACAGCAAGUACCGCCUUCGUCUCCGGCGACACCUAGUCCAGUUCCCAGUUACAUGUCGCCAAGGCCCGAGCAGCGAUCCGACCCUCAAACUAAUGAGAUCUUUGCUCAGCAGCCAGAAGUUAAUAAGCAACUGAGGGAUCUGCUGCAGAGGCAACAACAAAUGAAACCGAUAAAUCAAACUUGGGGCCAAGAUGGCCAACCUGUAGUUGAAUCACAGCAGCAGCAAUUUGAUACUACAAACUUACAACUACAACAGCACCAGCAGCCGCCGUUGAACAAUCCUGCCGACGGUACCUUCAGACAACCACUUCCUCCGGGUACAGCAAGGCCACGCAUGCCUAACGUGCAAUCCAACAUUUUGAUACGAAGUUCGAUAGGAAUGCAACCGAGACACCCUGGUGUCGCAAAUGUUGACACGGCAAGAUUGCACGGAAUAGAUCCUAGGACGAGGGUACUUUUACAAAGGCCUUUGAUAAACAAUGCUCCUUUGCCCUUUCAAAAUAAUCAAAUGGUUCAACAACGUAUGGCUGCACCAAAAAGCCCCAUUGCAGAGCAUUAUGAAAUUCUACAACAACGUUUCUCAGAUGCUAAUCAAGGACAAAAUUUGGGACAACGGGUCAUGCAAGCUGCUCAAAACACAAUGAACCAGGGUACUCGUUUAAUGAAUACAGCUGGAAUGACUAGACCGCCAAUUUUACCGACAGUCAACGAAACUAACGUCACGUUAUCGGAAACCUCCGAAAUACCGGACAACGUGACGGCUGAGCUAGAAAAGCUCGAGCAAGAAGGAGCGCCCAUUGCUGAAGUUGAAAGUGUUAGUGCAAUAUUAGGAGACUUGACGGAAGAUGAUGAUGAACUUUUAGCUGAAAUGGGAGCCAAUUUUAACAUUCUUGAGUAUGCCGAUCCCGAGUUGGCUCAACUUACUGGUGGCGAGAAAACCAAUAUAUUCGAUUUAGAUUUGGAGCAGGAUGAAGUCGACACAAAAGAUGAUAAACAAAAACAAGACACGAAAGAGGACGAAGACGAACAAAAGUCGAAAGAACUCGAGGCAGUUGUCACGGAUACCAAUGAAAUGAGUGCAACAAAUACCAUGCAACCGGCAUCUGGUACGUCAAAUGUUCCGGUGCAAGCACAGACCAUGGCCCCGAGUGUUCCUCAGGCCACACCGCCAUCACAGCCGCAAGCAAACAUGAUGCCUCAUUCACAAGCUGCUGUGGUACACCAGCAAAUGCAUCAGCACGUGCAGCAAGCAGCAGCCAUGGGUAGACCGAUGCUUCCUGGAACGAAAUUGCUGUCUCCUGACGGCGCAGUUGGUGUUGUGACGUCAACUAAUUCAGUGACCGUCAGCUAUCCACCAACAUUUCCAAAUCAUCCACAACGAUUACCUCAGCAACAACACUUACCAGUUCAACAACAGCAACAACAACAGCAACAGCAACAACAGCAACAGCAGCAACAACAACAACAACAACAACAACAACAACGGAUGGGAAUGAGAGUAGCUGGUGUUCCUAAUGUUGCAGGACGGGUUGCAUCGGUUGGUCAUAUGAUGGGUCAGAGAAUGCCAUUGGCAGCUCCUCCACCGCCGCCGCCUCCUCCUUAUCCAGGACCUCCACCGCCUUAUCCAGGACCGAUGCAGUCGUGUUUACAGGAACAACCGCUGCUUCUGGAGGAGCUACUGGAGCAGGAGAAGCGCGAACAAGAAAAACAACAGCAGCAACAGCAACAACAAGCCGAUACGACGACGCCGGCUGCCGGUCUACUAAGCGACAUCGAGUUCGAACGGUUGCAGGCUGACGUGUUAGGUUCGACACCUCUGUCCUCGCCGCCUCAGCAGAUGGGUCAGGUGCAGGCUGGGGGUAUCAGAUCCGUAGGUCCACCCAGACCAAUACCAACUGUUUCUCAGAUUACUGCCACGCAAAAUUGGCAGCAGCCCGUGGUUGAACCUGGUAAAGUCGUCGUUCAAGCGCAGAGGCAACCACCACUACCCACCAAAACACAAACCACUACCGAACCGAGAAUCCAAACGUUUAAUAUACCUCAAUUGCCGGCGCCUUCGAUGCCUCCUGACAACAUUAUUACCGAGCAGGAUAGGCAGAUGCAGUUGCAGUAUGAGAACUGGAUGAACCAUCAGAGUCAAAUUCUGGCGCAGCAGUUGAAAUAUUAUGAAACAGAAGUUAUGAAACUUCGGAAGGUUAGAAAAUCUCUUAAUAGCAAACAAAGACAAUGUCGAAAGGCAGGCAACGAGCUAACCGAAAACGAUGCAGCUGAACUUCACCGAAUCUCGAGCGAGCAGAACAUAUUUCAAAAACAUUUGGAAACGAGUCGUAAGCAGAGCCGUCAGCACGGUAUUCUCAUGCAAGAGUAUCGAAACAAGCAGCAAAAGCAAGCUCAAUCCCAGCCUCAAACUAGUGAACCCUGUUCCCCCCUAAUGUCUCCUUCGCAGCACUCGUCACCUAUGCACAGUCCGGCUGCGAUGAUGUCGCAGAGUCCUGGCCCGGGCAGCGUUACCGCCAAUAUGAUUCAGCACUCGCCCGCUGCGAUGGUGCAGCACAGUCCCGGCAAUCCUCAGAAUCCGGGCACGAUGUCACCUCACAGUAAUAUGCAACCGUCUCCGCGAAUAGGGACGCCUCACUCUCAGCCCGAAGAGAGUCCCUUCAGUCCAGGAGCAAUGUCCUCGUCUGGUAUGUGCGGACCCACCGUUCAAAGGAUGACGUCACCUCAACAUCGAACCGUCGCUGGGAGCAGGCUUACCACGAGUCCUGGUGCAUUCGCUCCCGACUCCCAGCAAAUACGCAUGCCUCAACAGAUGCACUGUUUGCCUCAGAGAUUCGUGCGACCAAACAUAAUUCAGACGCAAGGCCAGAGGCCGCAGAGUAAUAUGAUUUACGGACAACGCUCACCUCUUGGUAGCCCUCAGCCUGGUCAGCAGCCAAUGAUGACACAGCAACAGCACCAACAAAUGCUCCAACGUCAGCAAAUGAUUCAACAGCAGCACGAAGUGGGUCUUGUUGCGCAGGACAAUCAAAAUCUUAUAAAUCAGCGUAACAUACAAAUGAUGCAGAGACAGCAAUCAAUUCAGCAACAACAACAACAACAACAACAACAACAACAACAACAACAACAACAACAACAACAACAACAGCAGCAGCAACAGCAGCAGCAGCAACAACAACAAGUACAGCAGAUUAUGCAAAAACCGCCCACCUCGCCGAUGAUUGCUCAACCAGUGUCAUCUCCGAGUCCGCAAUUACAUCAACAAAUGCAACAACAGGGCUACAAUCAGCCAUCGACGUCACCUCACCCUCGCAGUCCUUUGCUUCAACAAACAAUGAGCUCGCCGAUGUUACAGCAACAGCUCAGCCAGUCGUCGCAGCCAUCGAGUCCGAUGAAUCAACGUGUCGGCAACCAUCCACCAAAUUCUCCAAUGAUGUCACAAUAUCAGCCGCCAAGUCCAAUGGCGAGAAAUCAUCCGUCUACGUCCCCGAUGCUGCAUCAGAUGACGUCGGCGCAUCAUCCACCUCCUUGUCAGACACCCAACUCGCCCAUGCCACGAAGUCCGAUGGUAGGGGGUUCACCAUCGAUGCAAAUGCAACAGAGGCGACAGUCGACCGGCAACAGUCCAGCCAUGCCCGAUCGCCCACAAAGCGUUGAAAAUCCAGGAACACCGAGGACGCCGCACACUCCUCAUUCGGCUUACAGCUCGCAGAACUCGAGCAAUCACUCGAUCAGUGAUCAGCAGCAGCUCAUGCAGCAACAGCAGCAUGUGCCAAGUUUUCAACAGAUGCAGCAAAAUCCCCAGGAAGUUAACAUGCAGAUGGAUCAAAAUAAUCGAGGAGGCGGCAACCCUCACAAUCCAAACAAUCCGAUCCCUCUGCCGGUGCUAUUCAAAAAAUACGGUUUUUUUAGAAUUGGUCUUUUUGGAGGUUCGCCAAUGUGGUCCUCUAAGCCCGAAUCAAGCAAAAGCAAGGCAUCAGAGGGACAGCUGAGCAAUUCCGAGGAAAAGCCAAACACUUCGACAGUCGUUCAUCGCAAAACUGGUAUCUCGCAAUCAAAAAUAAAUUCCUUGGUUAGCGAAGAUUACAAUGAUAUCGACGACGAUUCUCACACGCCUCCACAAACUCCUCCGACUAACGUCGAGACAAGAGUAGCGACUUCUUUGAUCAUUAAUAAUUCCGCUAUGAAUUUAGGAAGUCCUGGGGAAAAGGUCGAGUCCCUUCCUGAUACGACGGAUUACGACGACGACAAAACUAUCAUCAACACCGAAGUCACGCUGAGCUCGACCGCUCAAAAGGAUAACGAUGACAUUCCGGUCAUGGAACAAUUCGGUGAAUCAGAAAUUGAUGUCAUGGAAGGUAAUUUGGAUGCUGAAAUGCAAGAGGAAUACGUACUUUUCGAAUCUGACAUGGUUUUGUCAGUCGACAGUAACGAUUCGCUGAGUAACGCUUUGGUUAACGACAACAAUGCUGGUCACGACUUUGUUCAAAUCUUAGAAAUCGACCAUCCAGAACCACCGAACGAAGAUACAACGUUUGGCGAAGAAAUCGUAUCGUCGCAUAGCAGUAGAAACCGAUUGAUUGCGGUAAGCGAAACUCCUGACUCGCUCGACCAGGAGCUUAGAGUCAUACAACCAUCACCGGGCUUAUGUUUGGACAACUCGCCAUCGGAUCAAGAUCUACUGGCAUCACUCUCGGAAUCUGGUAUCGUUAUUUUAGAUUCCGGCUCAAAAUCGCCUACUAACGUGCCAAAAAUGUCUUGCGAUGAAGAAAGUUCUGAAGCCAAUUUGUUAGACGCAUCUAAAAUAAAAGAUGAACUUUUGAGUAUGACUGAUACCCCCAUUGUAGUGAAAAUACCUUCUGGAAGUGAAAAAAUUGAUAUGGAAAAUAAGACGGACGAUGAUGCCUUUAAUACAUUUACUUUCAAAGAAGAAGACGAGGAUGAUUUUUAUCCGAAUCGAAGAAGCUUCAAGUCGCUUUCGACUUUUCCUUCUCUGUCAUCGAAUGUCAAAUUAUCGAAAGUAAGCGAAGCGACUUCUACAUCAGAUAAGCUCCUUCCUAGAACCACAGUGACGUCAUCAUUGACAAAUAUAGAAAAAGAAUUUUCAACUAUCACAACUGAAAGUAAAAACCCAACAUCUACACCGUCGAAUACAUGUAACAUUGUAGUGGACAGUAAAGUUAGCGCUAAGCCCAGUAAUAAAAGUAAUACUAAAAGUAUAACAUCAAGCGCUCUUAAGGUUACAUCACAAAUUGAAGCGGUGGCGACAGAGCUGCAUUGCAAGACAAAAGUUACGUCUGCCGAAGCCGGUCAACCAUCCAUUAGUGUAUUUGAAAAAGUUUCCAGCAUACCCACUACACUACCAUCUCAAAUUUUACAAUCCAAAGUGACACUCGUUCCAAAGACAGUAGAGAACAACAAAAAUGCGUCCCAGCUAAAAUCCAGUGUAGAAGAUGCAUCGAUCGUUCUGAGCACUUCGAAAAUAACGGCCGCGAAAUUGCAGAAGCGAAAAGUACCAUUAAUCAAAUCGGUGGACACGUGUGAUAGCGGUGCAACUGAAAAUGAUUCAACAAACAAGGAAACUGUAGAAGCAGUGAGUGAAAAGAAAGUAAACAAACAAAUUGUAGAUAAUAGUUGUAGUGCCGCGACGUCGCAUAUCAGUAGUAGUAGUGUUGAAGAUGAGAAAAAGACAGAUAUUUUAAAUACUACGGACGAGUUAGAAAGUAUGUUAGAAGCCAUUCAUAACCCAGAUGACGAUAGUGUGAAUAACGGCCAAAAAAGUUCGAAUAACGAUAAGACCGAUGUACAAACUUUGAAAAGGAUAUCGCCCGUAACCGACGAUCUUUCUCUAGUGAAUAUUUUGGAAAAUGAUGCUGAAACGAUGACUCAUAAUGAUGUGAAACAGGAUAUUUGUGAUAACUUACAAACGAGAGAAAUAAGUGAGUCGGACAAAGAGAAAGAUCAGUUUCAAAGCGAUUCCACUAAAACAAACAGUUCUGGCGACACGUUGGAUGGAGUUCAAAUCCAACCGACAUCCGCGACCGAGAGCGAGAGCAACAAGUUUUUUGUGCAGUCGCGAAUUUCCGAGGGUAAAAAUAUGAUGGACGAGUCGUCGGACGACCUUCUUGACAUGUUGCAGAAUAUCAUAUCGUCGAAACCAGAAAUGCAAGACGACAAGUCGCAAAAAUCAAGCCUGAUGUAUCAGUUGGAUGCCCCACUCGAAUCGUUGCCACUGAACAUCUUGGCGGACUUAGAGCAAGACCCCACGGAAUCAAGUGAGAUGAAAUCAGUAUUAGAAUUAGGAAAGAAGAGUCUUCCCGUUGCGCGGAGCACGCCACCGUGCGUUCAGCAAUCGACUGCGAGCACAGUGACAGCUAAAAAGAGCCCAGCGCAGACAACAGCCCAGGCAGCGAUUGCCAGCACAGUGGCGCAGCUGCAGAGCACGAAGACGACAGUGCCGCAUCUCUCGCCCCUGUCUCAGCCCACUGAAAUCAAGUCCAACACCGAAAACGUCAGUGAUCAGCUGAGGAGCUUGCUAUCGUCUCUGCACUCGUCGCAAAGUUUCGCGAGCAACGUGCAGUCUAGCCUAGUCACUUCUGCUUUGAACAGCUCCAGUGCCAUCGCUACGACUGGCGGAGCUCAGACCAGCACAGUUUCUUCCACAAGCAAGACCGAGUCAGCCAAGGAGGUAACAGGUACUGCUGCGACAACGAUGCCAAGUGCAAGUUCCGGCCGAGCCGUCAGCUCGAGUGCUGUAACAACUGCGUCAUCCUCAUCCGGCAACGUCAUGUUGAACGCUAUACUCUCCAGCUCACAGCAGCCCUCCAUAAAUGAGUCUCACGCCAACACAGUACUUACCUCAAGCAGUGGCACCACUGUUCAGUCUUCCACGCAGCAGGGGUCCUCAAACAGACCUUUCUCGGAUAAUCGUUUUGUUUCAUCCACACCUGCUGCUGCUGCCACCCGCACCGAUGCUGUGAACGUCUCCACGAGUAUACUCCAGUCUACGCUUUCCCAGGCACCGACGCUUCUUCACGCUCAGCUGACGGCUAGCUCCGUGCAAAGCAAACAACCUGCUGCCGGGAGCCUGAUCGUAGAUGAUAAGACUACGGAUGCGGAUUCUUCUGUGGCCAAUAAAAGCUCGCUGUUAAAGAAGGAGACCGAAGCGGUUCUAUUCAAAAGUCUCAUUGAGAAAUCGCCGACCCCAAAAAGUGAUGCAGAUUCAAGCAAAGCCAGACUGGAAGACUCGCAAAACGUCUUGCUCAAGCAGCUUCUACAAAAUACGGCAACUACAGCAGCAAGCUCAGGAUCAAACUCGACUUUGACCUCGAGUUUCCCGAACGUUCCUUCACUAGAGGCUCAGCUUGCACGGCCAGUGUCUCCAAGGCCAUCAUCCUUGCUUCCACCGCUGCUACAUGAUAUUCCUGACACAACCAAGUCUAAUGUGACGGCAGCGUCGACACCCACAACUACGAAACAGCAACUGCUGAGUCGUGAGACAUCAUUUUUAUCCAAAACGCAGAAUCCACCUGCCAAAAUAGACGCAGCGAAAUCGACGCCCACAGUUGCCUCGCCCUUGCUGACUAAUUUAACCAAGCCAAUAGCUGGGAUUCCGGAGAAAGUACCAAUCACAGUUGCGACUCCUGUAACAACGCCUGUAGCUACCAUUCAACAGCCCGUUACAGUAAAAUCACCACCGCAAAAGCCAACAGUCUCCUCGUCUACGCCUGUUACAUCUAUCGAAAAACCAGCAGUACCGCCAGAAGUAACGGCCACGAUACCGACUCAAAUAAAAUCUGAGGUCGAGGCGACUAAAAACAGUGCCGUGCCAACGCCCCAGCAGACUCCACUCGUGCCAACACCUGCUGCAACUCAGCAAGCUCCUGCUCCAGCUGAAAAACAGCCUCAACAUCAAACACCACAACAACCGCCACAGCAGCCACAACAACCGCAAUUGGUCAGCACUGCACCAAAGGACGUACAACCUACUGCCAUCGAGAGCAAAGAUAUAACGCCGAGUCAGAGUCCCCUCCAUGCUAGUACAGUAGGUCAGGUUUCAAAUCCAAAGUCCGUCUCGCCGGCAAUUCAAACGUCUCCAAGCAUGACCGCUGCUCCUGAUGCGACUGUGUCGCCUCAGCACGUUAACCCGAUACAACCAUCAGUGCCUCAAUCGACGGCUCAGAUGUUGAACCGUCAAGCUCAGCUGCCACAGGGUACAACCACUCAACACACAGUGCCUUUAAUCGAAGUUAAAAAAGAAAUACACGACGAGGUCCUUUCCAGCGCCGCUUCUGUACAGUUUAACGAUACCAAAGACUUUUUAUCUGCCAAAGAAGAACUCAUCGAUGGCUCCAUCGACGAUAAAACUGAUCUCAAAAAGUUAAAGAGGCGCCAGUACCACCACAAACGGAGACAAAGUCAAGGCAAGGAUGCUUCUGUAGCACCACAAAAGAAAAGACCCAGGAAGAUGUCUCGCUUGGAAGAGGACUACGAUACAUUUAUUGACAAUCUUAUGGUACAAUUGCGACAGCUCCAGCCAAUGGCAAUUUUAGAACCUAUUUUAGGCAAAAACUAUAGCGUGUGUCCGAUUUAUGGAUCCGGAGACCUCACAAAGUUUGGCGGUAAAGUAGAGUACAACACUCGAACUGGCGAACUCACUGGCACGUACGGAAAAGCUUGUCUCACUGGAAUCUCCGAUCAUUACAAUACACAGCCGUUCGGCGAAUUAGAACCUUUACCUCCACUUCCACCAGUAUCGACUCUGAGAAGUUUUUAUGACCAAGAAUUUCCUCCUCUUAAGUUUGAUGAUUCCGAUGACAAAAAGGAAAAUUCUCUAAUAGGUCGAGAUAUCGAUACUCCUGACACAAUAGUGAGUUCGUCGUCUCCGGAAUGUGUGAUACCAGAAUUUAUGAAUCGAUUCCCGGGCUUGAAAUUAAUAGACGACGACUCAGACGAAGAAACUGAAUGGCUAAAACGAAUAUCACCCGUCAUCCCCAUAGUUUCUCCGAUUCCUAUUCGUCUAAAACCUGGACACAUCAAAGACGUGGCAAAACAUGAUAAAGAAAACGUGGGAGUAACUAGGUUCAAUAAGUCAUCUGCGUUGUUGACUGAAAACGGAAACGUCACUGUGACUCUAACUCUGAAUAGUCAAGCUGCAGACGAUAUAAUGGGCGUACUUAAAGACUUGGCUAACAUUCUUAAUAUAACGCCGCCAACAGGCUAUCAAAUUAUCGAACGUACGACAACACCGCCCAGUCAGAAAUUAGGGUUAUACAGGAUAAAGGGAAAAGACGGAAAAGAAGGGGUACCAAUCGACAUUCAGAGUAUAUUAAAUGGGGCAGCCAAAUUUUGCCGUCACUGUGACGUUGUGAUACUUAAUAGUUUGAUUCGUAAAAAAGUAUCUGAAUUGCCGUUUUUAAGUAAAGAGGAAGCUGAGCCAGGCGACGAGCUAUACUUUUGCUCAGCAGCUUGUUACAUGCAGUUUGCACUGAUGCACAGGGCCCCAAGUUAUACCAUUGACAAAGCUGCUGCGAUCGUUGAUCAUUUGUGUCAAAAGUCAGAUUCUAAAUAUUUUGAGGAUGAAUUGAGAAAAGUGCAAGAAAAGUCAAAGAAUUUAAUAAAACAAUCUGCUGAAAGAGUCGAUCUUAUGGACGUUGAAAUGGACGUCGACAAUAGAAUGAAAAACGAAAAAGAUGAUCAAGAAUCGCAGCACAGUAGGGACAGUUUCACGGAUGAAAGACGAUCGAGGAAGCAUCCAGCUGAAGAAGCGAUGGAUAUUGCUGAACCACCAUCCAAAGUUUGGAAAGGUCUUCGAUACAAGUCUUGGUCCACUGGCUCGAUGCACCCAACUACAAAAUACAAGAAACCAACCGAUCGAGAAAUGACAGAGACACUUUUCCGAACGGGUGUUACUGUUACUUUGCCAUCAAAUGCAGAUGACACUCGCCGCUGCAUUUUUUGUCAAAACAUUGGGGACGGCGCUGCAGACGGCACGGCACGACUUCUUAAUUUCGAUGUCAAUAAAUGGGUACAUUUAAAUUGCGCCCUUUGGUCGGAAGAUGUGUACGAAACGGUCAAUGGCGCUCUCAUGAAUUUGGACGUAGCCCUAAAUUCCGCAAAAAAUACAACGUGUAUACUUUGUCAUCAAACCGGCGCUACCGUCAAGUGUUUUAAAAUACGUUGCAACAGCCAUUAUCAUCUUGGUUGCGCAGUGAGAGAUGGCUGCAUAUUCUUUAAAAAUAAGAGCACAUACUGUUCGCAACACGUUCCCAAAAACGAAAAAGAUAACGAACUCACAACACUCUCCGUCUACCGUCGAGUUUACAUUAAUCGCGAUGAGAACAAGCAAGUGGCAGCUGUAAUGCACCACUCGGAUCACACAAAUCUCCUCCGCGUGGGCAGCCUCAUAUUUUUGAGCGUCGGUCAUUUACUGCCCCAUCAACUGGCAAACUUCCACACCUCCAACCACAUUUAUCCAGUGGGCUACAAAAUUGUCCGAUUCUACUGGAGUAUGAGGCGCCUUAACAAACGCUGCCGUUAUGUCUGUUCCAUUCACGACGUAUCAGGACGACCCGAGUUUCGCGUCCUCGUCCAAGAGCCAGCGCAAGAGGACGUGGAACUGCGCGAUGCAUCGCCGCGAGCUGUGUGGAAUCGAAUUCUCGAGCCAUUGGCGAAGAUGCGCAAAGACAACAAGACCGUGCAACUUUUUCCCCGUUAUGUAACCGGUGAAGAUCUAUUCGGAUUGACCGAACCAGCGGUCGUGCGGGUACUCGAGAGUCUGCCCGGCAUCGAGACCUUGACCGACUACAAGUUCAAGUACGGUCGUAACCCCUUGCUCGAGCUUCCACUUGCCAUCAAUCCAAGCGGCUGCGCGAGAACAGAGGCUCGUCUUAGAAGCCAGCUGCCUUGGAAGCGUCCGCACACGCAGAGAACCGCCGCGACGUCGCGGACUAAUUACACACCAACGGCGUCCAACAACCCGAGCGAGCCCAGCUAUUCCAAGCCGUUUGUACACUCCAAGAGUCAGCAGUACAAAAAAAUGAAACAAGACUGGCGCAAUAAUGUUUAUCUAGCUAGGUCGAAGAUUCAGGGCCUUGGUCUUUAUGCAGCGCGUGACUUGGAGAAACAUACCAUGGUCAUUGAAUAUAUUGGUGAAAUUAUUCGUUCCGAAUUGGCUGAGAAAAGGGAGAAGCAGUAUGAGGCUAGGAAUCGAGGGGUUUACAUGUUUCGUUUGGAUGAAAAUCGUGUGGUCGACGCUACCUUAUCCGGCGGUCUUGCUCGUUACAUUAAUCACUCAUGUAAUCCAAAUUGUGUUGCUGAAAUAGUUCAAGUUGAAGAUCUCAGGAUUAUUAUUUUUGCAAAGCGAAAAAUUUUGCGUGGUGAAGAGUUGGCAUACGAUUACAAAUUCGAUAUUGAAGAUGAUCAGCAUAAGAUACCGUGCGCUUGUGGAGCGCCCAACUGCCGUAAGUGGAUGAACUAAAAAGUCAAAUCCACCGUUGUUAUUGUUGCUACGUUAUUGCAUAGGUUUUACGCGAAGAAAUAAAUUAAAGAAAACAAAUUAUAUAAAUAAAUAUAUAUAUAUAUAUAUAAAUAAAUGAAUUUAUAUGAAAUAGGCAUUAUUUAAUUUGUAAAGUGCCAUUACGGUUCAAUUAAAACGAUUUUAUAGUGAAGUUGGUGCUACGCCAUCACGACAUUCCUCCAAAGUACGAUAUUAGUUUACUUUAUAUCUAAACGAAAGAUGAAUUAUUUGUAUAUUACUAUCUUGAUCUUGGAAGGAAAAAAUGAAUUUAAAGCUCGACGUUGACUCUCGUGCGCGUAAAAAUAAAUGAGUCUACGGUCGUGCGUGUGUAUAUUAGAAAAAAUUUGUAUCUUUGUAUGUUAAAUGCAGUCGACCAACGUUGACCUUGUUGUACUAUAGAAAUUUAUUAAGUAUUAUUGCAUAUAAUAUACAGCACGAUAAAUGUACAUAAAUAGAAAUAAACGUUAUUUUGAAC